AUGAUUGGGGCUACUUUGGUGGCUUCCCGAAAUGCCGCCGAGGCAUAUGCCCUAGGAGGAGAAGGCGAAGGUGAUGGACUAUAUCUUUCAGGCUCCGCAAAGGACACAUUAGAAGAACCAGACACAUCAAAAUUCGGAGCAGAACCUGCAGCAGAACCAGAAGGAGCAGAACCAGAAGGAGAAACUUUAGCUUCAGGCGCAAAAGCUUUUGAAUCAGCUCUUGUAGUCGCAGUUUCAGGCUCAGACUCAGCCGAAUCGGAGCACGUCGUUCCAGAGUCGGAGAAAGACGAAGACGAAGAGACCGAGGCGACGUCGGAUUUAUUACUUUCGCUUUCUUCGUCCUCGGUGUCGCUUUCCUCCAUUUCUAGAGACAUGAUGUCGCUAUCGUCGUCUGACCCGCAGACCACGUCGCCGUCCAGCGAAUCUAGAAGAUCCGAGUCGGAAGAAGGGCCAUACAUGUCUUCCGCCGAAGCAGGCGUGUUUUCUUCCGCAAGCUCCAUGAACAUCAGAGCCACAGACUCAGACACCAUUUCAUCGGCCCAGGACUCGGCCAAAAUGCCCAACGCCAAAAGCGCCGUCUCGUCCAUGCUGUUUUUCGGAAGCUCCAAGUGGCUGGCAUAG